AUGGAAGAACAGCAGCCGGAACCUAAAAGUCAGCGCGACUCGGGCCUCGGCGCGGCGGCGGCGGCCCCGGGCGGCCUCAGCCUGAGCCUCAGUCCCGGCGCCAGCGGCAGCAGCGGCAGUGAUGGAGACAGCGUGCCCGUGUCCCCGCAGCCCGCGCCCCCCUCGCCGCCCGCGGCGCCCUGCCUGCCGCCCCUGGCCCACCACCCGCACCUCCCCCCGCACCCCCCGCCCCCGCCGCCGCCGCCGCCGCCGCCACCACCACAGCAUCUCGCGGCGCCUGCUCACCAGCCGCAGCCCGCGGCCCAGCUGCACCGCACCACCAACUUUUUCAUCGACAACAUCCUGAGGCCGGAUUUCGGCUGCAAAAAGGAGCAGCCGCCGCCGCAGCUCUUGGUGGCGGCCGCGGCCGCCGGAGGAGGCGCAGGAGGAGGAGGCCGGGUGGAGCGUGACAGAGGCCAGACUGGCGCAGGUAGAGACCCUGUCCACCCGCUGGGCACGCGGGCCCCGGGUGCUGCCUCCCUCCUAUGCGCCCCGGAUGCGAACUGUGGCCCACCCGACGGUUCCCAGCCUGCCACGGCCGCAGGCGCGGGCGCGUCUAAAGCCGGGAACCCCGCGGCGGCGGCGGCGGCGGCGGCGGCGGCAGCAGCGGCCGUGGCGGCGGCGGCGGCGGCAGCAGCAGCAGUCAAGCCCUCGGACAGCGGCGGCGGCAGUGGAGGUAGUGCGGGAAGUCCCGGCGCUCAGGGCGCCAAGUACCCGGAGCACGGCAACCCGGCCAUCCUCCUUAUGGGCUCAGCCAACGGUGGGCCGGUGGUCAAAACUGACUCGCAGCAGCCACUCGUCUGGCCCGCCUGGGUCUACUGUACGCGCUACUCGGAUCGCCCGUCCUCCGGUCCGCGCACCAGGAAGCUGAAGAAGAAGAAGAACGAGAAGGAGGACAAGCGACCUAGGACGGCGUUCACUGCCGAGCAGCUGCAGAGACUCAAGGCGGAGUUCCAGGCGAACCGCUACAUCACGGAGCAGCGGCGGCAGACCCUGGCCCAAGAGCUCAGUCUCAACGAGUCCCAGAUCAAGAUCUGGUUCCAGAACAAGCGCGCCAAGAUCAAGAAAGCCACGGGCAUUAAGAAUGGCCUGGCGCUGCACCUCAUGGCCCAGGGACUGUACAACCACUCCACCACCACGGUCCAGGACAAAGACGAGAGCGAGUAGCUGAGGCCGGCCGGGGCCGAGCGGUCCGGCCAAGGCGCCCGCGCCCCCUCCUGGCACCGCCGCCGCUGCCUCGCCGGCCCCGCGACCGGGGAGAAAUAAUCAGCGCAAAGGAGGGGGAGGU